GAGAAGGUGAAGGUCUGGGAUCGGGACAAACAACAAAAGGACAGAGAGGAACAUCUGAGAGAGACAGAGACGAGAGACACCGUCAGGGAGACCGUGUGCGUGAGCAGGAAGAGUGUCUCUGAGAGCAGCAGCAGCAGCAGAGCAGAAGAAGAAGGAGAGCGGUGACAAUGUCAAAGUCUGAGGAGGAGGAGGAAGUCUGAGUCUGAUACAAGUGAACAGGAGACGUUAGAACCACCAUAGUUCUCCACCGCAGGAGGAAGAUCUGGACCAGGAACCAGACUGAAGCUGCACUUAGUCCCGUCUUCAACCUCCUUCACUGCUGCAAACUUCAGACAGCCGCCUCUGAAAUGGCGUCAGCCGCUCUGGAGCUGAUCGGCUUCUUCCUGGGUUUGCUGGGAAUGCUGGGAACGCUGGUGGCCACCGUGUUGCCGUACUGGCGGAUUUCCGCCCACAUCGGUUCCAACAUCGUUACGGCGGUGGCCAACAUGAGGGGCCUGUGGAUGGAGUGCGUCUACCAGAGCACCGGCGCCUUCCAGUGUGAAACCUACAACUCCAUGCUGGCGCUCUCUGCUGACCUGCAGGCCUCACGGGCGCUCAUGGUCAUCUCCUUGGUGCUGUCCGUCCUCGCCAUCGCGAUGGCCGCGUUGGGGAUGCAGUGCACCGUCUGUCUGGACGGCGCUGGUGACACGAAGAGUCGGGUAGCCGGUGCUGCAGGAGCAGUUCUCCUCACCGCGGGGUUCCUGGCGCUCAUCCCCGUGUCGUGGACCACACACGAGGUGGUCCAGACCUUCUACAGACCCAGUGUACCGACCAGCAUGAAGUUUGAGCUGGGCGAGUGCCUGUACGUGGGUCUGGCCUCGGCGCUGGUCUCCAUGUUGGGAGGCGGGAUGCUGUGUGUGUCGUGCUGCAACGAGCAGGACGGUGGCCGCAGGGGGCGCCACGGAGGAGCAUAUCCGUACCCUAUUGGAGGAGGAGGAGGAGGAGGAGGAGGUGUGUCCGGGACAGGUCUACGGACAACCUCACAGGUUUACCGUAACCCCACGCUGCAGGUGGCCAGGGGAAAUGUGCCCAGCAGGGGGCAGACAUUGUUACGCGACACCAGCGAUGGUUCCCAUUCGAGUGCACGAGGUGCGAAGAAGCCCACGGCGGCAGGAUAUGACAUCACAGGAUACGUCUGACCGACUGCUGUCGAACCUAAAUCCUCACUUUUACUACCAUGUAUUCACGUACUGUUCGUGUACUUAUACACGUAUAUACGCAUAUACGUAUUAGGUGUAUGACUCUGAAGGUGACGUUUUACAGCACACCAAAGUCCAUAGAGAAAAUCGUCAUUUUAAAACUUGACAAACAACAAUAUCAUAUGAUGGUCGUUAAACUGAGGGGAAAAAAAAACAGACUGAACUUUACUGAGGUUCAGUGAUGGAUCAACAACGUCAUCUAAAAUGGGAUUUGGUUAAGGAAGGCCAGUAGGUUUGGAAAGUGACAGGAAUUUUAAGUUCCUAGUGAAAAAGACUUGAGUGAUUUUAAAAAUCUAGAGUUUAACAGUUAAGUAAAGCAGUUCAUAUAUUUUCAAAAUGUUUUGUCUUAGAUUUUCAAAUCCAAUCCUUUCCCAUGGACCAGACCAGUCGAAGCGAAUACACAAUCAAACUUCAACCAGUGUCCAUUUCUCUUUGUUCCUGAGUUGCAUUUAAGUGUAAACAGACAUAUGAGCGUUGGUGGUCGGAUUUAUGAUGCAAAAAUACUGUAGUGUUGCGUAACUACACACACACAUAUACAUACAGUACAUAUGUGUGUGUCACAUGACACUGGACGCAGUUGUGCUUGGACGAUCAAUGACACGUUGACUGAUUUAACCUGAAUGUGUUAUUGUUUUGUUUCUGUUGUUGGUGGUGUUUUUUAUAUUUUCAAAAUAAAACGAAAUAUUUGUUACAUGCAUGUUUUUUUAAAUUUUUUAUAUCAUUCUGUGUUAAUUUUUUAACUUUGAGGUGUUUGGAUGUUUUUUCAGCAAAUAUUAAAUACAAUAACUGCAGUAGUCGUACUGUAUACUGAAGUGACUGUGGAGUACACAGAUGAAACUCCAUCAAACUGAACGGUUUUAAACAGACACUGAUGUGGAAACAAAGUCAAAGACAAACAGACGUGAACAAACACAGUCACUGUGACAUCGAUCGACCCACAAUCCACCUGGCUCACAGCGGGGUCGGGAACUUGACGUUCCACUGUCAACAGGACUGUGAGAACAUCGUACGGACUUAAACUGGAUUCUUCUUCAUAAAAACAUUCAUUCUUGUCUGUUUUUGGACUUUACAAACGUCUGUGCUACAGAGUUAGGGAAUCAGGAGAGUCCUGCAUCAUUUAACUGUCUUUUUAACUAGAUACUGUUCAUAAACAUUUAUAAGUUAUUGACA